AUGGAUACUCCAAAAAUUUGGUGGAGUUCCUUUAAGAAUCAACCUCGAUAUUUAGCUGAAUUGGCGCAUCGAAUCUUUUCAAUUAAUCCUACACAAGCGAAUUGUGAAAGAAAUUUUUCAACAUUAAAGUGGAUGGGGGAACGACGAACAAGCUUGGGUCUAAAUAAGCUAGAAGGAAUGGCUAAAAUUAGAUCAUAUUAUAUGACUAAUAUUCAACAUGAGCUAAGCUUUUUUGGUAAAGAGUUAACAGAGGCUGAUCUUCAGGAUGCGUGUAAUGUGGCAUCAAUCGGUAAUAUUAUGAAUUAUGAGGAGGAUCAAAUAAGAGUUAGUGAGGAGAGUUUAUUAGAUAACAUAAUAUUGGAUUAUCCUACAACCUUAUUAAUUGAGGAGAUUAUUGACUUGACAGCUGAAGAAAAUUUGGAAUUUUCCAUAGAAAUAGUUCAAGUUAUUUCUUCUGCUGAUUUGGAUUAUGAUCCGCAUGAUAUACUAAAUA